GACAGCUAUGCCAUCGUUCGCAGUGCCUUGUUCAACCAAGUUUUCUACUACUUGACGCCCAUGAUCGAGGACCGCAAUAGUCUCCAGUUGCCUGUAAACCAGGACCGCAAGUGGAGCUCUGUCGAUGCCCGCGAUGUGGCCGAUGCCGUCUACCGCUUGUCGCGCCAGAACGGCCAGCGCGAGGGUGUCUUUUUUGGAUCGCUUGGCAACGAGCAGCGCUUGUAUCAGUUCACUGGCAACCAAGCCCGCAACGGUCAAGAAAUUGCCCGCGAGUAUUCCGAGGCCUUGGGCAAUCGCAAUGUCGAGUACAGACAGAUCCAACAGCAGGAGCUUGAGAACUACCUCAACGGCAUCCGCGACGAUCCUCGCUUCAGAAGCAGACCCAAGGAACAUGGUGCUGAGCAGGGCAACAACGAUGAUCAGAAGCAGCGUCGCGACAGACCCCACAGCUUCCCCUUGGGCCGUUUCCUCAACAACGAGUAUAUCCGCUUGAUCGCCGAGUACUUUGCCUUGGCUGAUCGUGGCAAGCUUGAGUUCAACACGCCCGACCUCCAGCAAGCUCUGGGUCGCCAGCCUCAAGAGCUCCGCGAGUACUUUAAGAACAACCGCGACAACUUCAACAGACUUCGCUGA